GCCUAAAGCCGCCCUGGGCCUGAACGCUGAAGACUGUUCAAAGUAUGAGCACAAACCAUUCUGAAGCUGAGGUCCUCACAAAUGCAUAGGAGGUACCUAAAUACCUAGCUCCAAAUGACAGCGAUUCACCAACUCUUCAUACUGCAAGCGGUGUUCGUUACCUGAAGUAGGCCAGUUUUUUAAAGCUGCAGAUCCAGCUGCCAAUGGUCUGGAAAUGCUGGCAGGAAAGGCCACCCUUUCUUCUUUGUAGUCGGGGCUGGUAAGAUGGAGACACCUUUGCUUCAUGGGUACACGCACCUGCAGAAUGGGGCCAAAGAGCAAUGCAUCUCCAUUGACCAGAUCUUGGCUGGUUCCAAGCCCUCCGAAGAUAGCAAGGAUGCGCGAGCUCCAGAUAAUGCCACUCCUAGGCAAGACAACGGCGUUGACUUGCGCUUUGUGCAGCGACUGGGGCGACUCAUGGUGCUUGCCGGAGCUCAGGGUGCACUGCUCUUAGCGGCCCUCUCAGUCCUGGAGGUGCUCGUGAUUGCGCAGGUCGGCGUGCUUCCCGGGCUGUUCUACAAGGCCUUGUUGGAUAAUGACGUGAAGCUCUUUGCUUCCGCCAUGUGGCGCUCCCUGCUCUGGUAUAGCUCUGCCGCGCUGUGCGCUGGUGUCAAGCUCGGAGUCUCGGAGAUGCUAGCGCUGCAGUGGCGGAAGCGGUUGACACUGGCCGCUCACAGCCGAUACUGCCGUGACUCGAACGUGUUUCACCUCAUGAAAGAGGGAGCGGUGGAUAACCCGGAUCAGCGUGUGGCUCAGGAGAUCCAGCUCUUCUCAACAGGCCUCGCUCAACUCCUCCACAAGACCGUUGUUGCUCCGCUCAUGAUUGCAUACUACACGGUGCUUGUCUGGUCGUACGUCGGCUGGACAGGGCCUCUCGCUGUGUACCUGUUCUUUUCUGUCGGUACUCUGGGGGCGCGCUGCCUGAUCUCCCCAAUCGCGGCCCUUGUGGCAAAGCAAGAGAAGCUGGAAGGGGACUUCCGAGUUGCACACGUCAGGUUGCGCAACAACGCCGAGCAAGUGGCUCUGUACGCCUCCAGCCCCGUCGAGCGGACCGCCCUUAACCUGGACCUUAACCACGUCCUAACCAACCAGCGCUCGCUCGUCAUCCGCCACACAAUCCUUGAGCUAGGCAGCAAGGCCUAUGACUACAGUGGCUCAAUUCUCAACUACGCCAUCCUCGCACUCCCUAUUUUCGUCGGGAUCUACGGGAAAGGGGCAGAAGUCGACAAGGGCGCGAUAGCACAGCUGGUUAGCAAUGCGUCGUUUGCGAUUCUGACCCUGAUUUACAGCUUCACCCAGCUGAUUGAUGCAGCGAAAGUGCUGUCUGACGUGGCGGGGGUGACCGGCCGUGUUGCGGGGUUGUUUGAGGCCCUGGAAAGGAUGGGGGGCACGGCGACCGAAGCAAAAGUCCAACCUGAUGAGAAGUGCCGCUCUCAAAAACAGGGCCCGCAAGAAAGAGACUCGCUUGCGCACUUCCUUGCGCAGUCUGUAGCCCUAACGCCCUCCCUCCCGGGGUUGAAAGACCAAGGCCCCCUAGCCCAGUUCUCAAACCCGUUCCCCUGGACGCAAACCCUCCCUAACCCCUUCGCGCCCGUCCAAGAGGGAUUCCCUAACGGGCUUCUGCUAGGGCCGCUAACGCAAUCUCUCGGAGGGGGAUCCCUCGAGUUCAGCGUUCACACGGUGCCGCCCGAGCUGCGGGGGAUCCUCCAAGAGGUUUUCUUGGAGCAGGGGGCGCCGGGCCUGUGGACGCAGCCCCUUUUAGUGGUUCCCACGUUUCAGGGCGCAAAAGUCGAUCUUUGGGAGGGGAGAAUUAGCGGCGGCGGCAAGAGUGUGGAUCGAAACGGAACGGGAGCUUCAGGGCCGUCUUCGGACGUUUUGGAAGGGGCAGGGGAUGAGUUGAGCGUGUCUCAAGAGAUGGCACGGUUAGGCGACGUGUUCCUGAGUUGGCAGGGCGCGGUUUGCGGGGCGCUCCGCGAGGGAGGGUUUUGGGCGGCAGCGGUCGAUCCAAGAACCGGAUUAGCGGUCUCUUCAAGGUUUGCGGAGGCGGAGCCGUUGAGAUGUGGAGUGAAGCCUGAGGCUCUUGUGGAUCUGGGAGAUAGUCUUGGCGUCAAUUUGGGGAACCGUCGCAGUAACGGCCGGGAUGGGCGAGGCGCUGGGAAGUUUCAGGAGGCCGAUUCGCUAGGGGAUGAGAGCUCGUUCGGCAGCCUCAGCAGUAGUUUAGGCAUUGGUUUGUCCUCUAACCCAGCGUUGGUUGAAACGAGCGCUGCCUCAAAUCACCCCUCCAACAGCGCCAGGUUGCAAAGCAGUCUCUUGCGCUCAGCCGACCUCAGUCCGCACUCUAGCAACGGCGAAAUAGUCACUGUCGAAGAUGCACAAGGGUCAGAAGCAGGUUUAGUUUUAGGGUUAGAGUCCUCUGAUCAGCUAACAGCAGCGUACAGCGAAGUCCAUGGGGCUGAAGUUUUGUUGGGUUACGAGACCGGCACCUCAGGCACGUGUCCUGUCGUGUUCCACCCCCGGUUUGGGUCGAGAACGUAUCCCGCCUCGCUUUUCACCAACGCCCCACUGGACGUGCUCAGCAAAGCGAUCGAGAAGGCCAGGAUAUCUGUUUCCGAUCGGAGCCCGCCUUUCGAUUCGCCCAGAUCAACUCACGGAAUAAGUGCCGAGCUUGCAGAUGGGGUUAGCGACGCCAUUAGUGCUCCUGUUUUGGAGGUUAGCAACCUGACGGUGCAGACCCCCGGGGGCGUUUUGGUGGUGCGAGCAUUCGACCUAAGGAUUGGGGUUAGGGAGCGGGUUAUGCUGAUGGGCCCGAGCGGCUGCGGAAAGACGACACUUGUACGGGCCAUUGCCGGGCUGUGGCCGCAGGUCGAAGGUUUGAUACGGACAGGUCUUCCUUCCGGUGGAAGUGGCACCCUGUUCCUCCCCCAAACGCCGCUCCUGGCCCGGGGGGGUCUCGCGGCCCAGCUUUCGUACCCCCGGGAAGUGCCUUCCUUCACGGAGGACGUCGAGAGCAGGAUGCGGGAGGCUCUGACGAUCGUGGAACUGGACAGCCUUUUGCAUCGAGUGGACGGCAACUGGACGCGCGACGAGGACUGGCCGGCGAUUCUUUCCCCGGGCGAGCAGCAGCGGCUGUCCCUCGCCCGGGUGCUCUUCCACCGACCCCGGCUGGCGAUCCUGGACGAAGCCACCAGUGCAAUCGGCGAAGCUCUGGAGGCGCGUAUCUACGCCCAGUUCGCUGCUCUUGACACCAGCCUUCUGACCAUCUCACACCGGCACACGCUCAAGAGAUGGCACUCGCAAGUUGUGCACAUUCGGGGCGACGGCGAAGGCACUUGGUCCAAGGAUGAGAUGGAGACAUGAAUCUUGUCCACCGUGUUGAAGUAGCAAGGUCCUCAUACAGGACGUUCCGAAUCCGAGAUCGCAGCGACAUGCUGGCCGAAGGCCCCGUUUGGUUGGUCUAGUCUAUACUGGGACGGGAUGAGAAGCUACCGCCCUUGCAAGAAAAAGUGUGGGCUUGCACUGCCCUGAAUGAUUCAUCUUGAUACGCAGACACCUGUACCCACAAGACUCAUCAGCGAGGUGAAUGCCGGUUGUCAUUGCUCAAUGAAACCACGUUUGGC